AUGGCCGAGUCACCAGCAAUUGUCAUCACUUACGUUCCUGCGGAUUGCGGUUCCAUCUUUCCUGGAAAAUCCAAAGCAUCGCAGGCAUUUCGAGAUGCAGACAUUGUCACGAAACUGCGCAGGGCAGGCUACCAAAGUAUCUCGGAGUACCAAGCCUUGGAAUCCCCCGCCACUUACAAAGCGUCAAGCCUGGGUUCAAAUGGGGUGCGCAACGAAGACCUAAACGUCCAAGUUUGUAAAGACGUCCAAAGAAGCCUCGUCCAGACUCUAGCCCUGACUGGCGAUGCGAGCCUGCCACCGUUCCAGCUUAUACUCGGCGGCGAGUGCGGCAUGUCCCCAGGCGUCUUGUCUGCCUUCUGGCAACACUCGACUCAAGGCGAUUUGCAUAAGCGUGUCGGCUUCCUCUACAUUGAUGCCGACACGGACCUGGCAUCUCCAGAUGAUUUGAACAACACUGGCAUCUUUGCAGGCAUGAACAUGACAAACCUCAUUCGCUCCAAGGGAGCGCUGAAAAGCAUGCAACAGUUUGCGCGGCCGUCGGGUGAAGCUCUCUGCGACGCUUCGAAUACGGUCCUGUUUGGGAUCAACAUGUCGAGCCCGGGCAACAAGCCAGAACAUCUCGGGUAUCUGCUUGAUCAUGGUUACAGAGUCAUCAGCUCGUCUUCCGUUGCGCGACAACCUAUAGAACAAGCAAUGGCGGCCCUAAGGUUUCUCGAGGAGAGAGUAGACAUCAUCGUGGUGCAUCUCGACGUCGACUCCAUCGAUCCUAGAAUGUUUCCCUUGGCCAACGUACCCAAUCACACCGGCGUUGAAUUUCACCAAAUGAUGCAGGCAUUGAGGGUCAUUCUUUACAGUGAAAAGGUGGGCGCAUUGGUGGUUGCAGAGGUCAACCCAAAUCACGACCCAGGCUUGGACAUGACCGAAAGACUUACAGAUAGUAUUGUUGACAUUUUGACUGAAAGACGGGCGCCAAGAAGAGGCUAG